AUAAAAUUGAAUAUGAAGUCUAAUUCGUUCCAUACGAAGCCAAACACUUUGGAGGAGAAGCCUCUGUUUAGGUAUACGAAUCUUCACAACGAGCUAAAAACUAUAAAGAGAGUCAAUCGAUCAACUGACGAGUUUAAGAAGAUUAUCUCACAGUUAGGUGGAGAAAGGCAGAAAUAAGCUCCAGAAAAGGAAGAAUAUCAGUGCAAUGAAGCUUAUUAGGAAAUAAGCUCAAUCAGUCACAGCUUGAAAUCACUAAAUAUUGUCAAGCCAAAAACAGCCAUAAUUUAUCUCUACAACAUCAGUUGUUGUUACCUGCAGAGAUAGAGAGGAGGGAGAAUUUUGGAUUUAAGUCUAAACCUAAGCCAACGAGCUCAGUGAGAAUGCACAGAAGAGCAGCCACUUCUACAGAUAAAGCAGGACCCUCUACUUCGAAAAUAAGUGCUCCGCUCAAUAUUUUCUCUGACAGCAUUAUUGAAAAAGAGGAUAUCAAGCCUUCAAAAUUAAAACCUAGGCUUUCGAAAAAUUCAAGAAGCAAGGAUUGACAGAGUGUGACAUUAAAGAAGCGAAGAAGAAAAUUUAAACAAGAGCCUUGCAGCAGAGAUCUCAGCUUGGAAAACACCAAAAAGUCUUCAGUCAUCAGCAGAAUACGUAAAAAGUAUGAGAAGCCUUAUUUAACUCCAUUGUAUCGUAAGAAAACCUUGAAGAGUAAAUAAGUCUUCUAGAGGUAAAAGAGCAUCCCAAUCUAUUAAAAUCCUUGAUGACGAUCUCUACCGCGUCUUGGGAAAUAUUCAAGAACAAAUAGUCAAAUUAGAACAACUUUUAGCAGAAAAAGAUGAAAAAAUUGAACGAAUUAAGGCUAAGAAAGACUUUAGUAGUACCUCCCGUUCAUCAAAAUCUGGUCACUCCAAGCUAAAAUUUUUAUCCAAAGGGCAUAGGGAUGAUAGGAGGAGCUCGAUACAUUCACAAUCUCAGUGUGCGAAUAGUAUGACCUCACGUAGCUCAACUUCUGCACUGAAUUCAUCAACUGCUAUAAAAAGGAUGCCUGCCUUGAUUUCGGAUAUUUUGCUAAAAACUCAGAACCUCGCUAAGGAAACCAAUAUCUUUAACCUCGUGUUUGAAAUCUCUCGUGCCAGGGGAGAUUACCUCAUUGAGGAGAAAGACUUUACACAAAGCCUUAAGGUGUUCAAGGGCCUCAGGACCUAUUGCAAAGUUGCAGAGCUGGCAGGAGGCCGUAGCAACCUUGAAGCUGAAAUGAUGGUAGUAGAGCAGCUCGGCCACAUGUAUGGAUUUGUGCAGCAGAACAAGCUUGCUGCAGACAUGUUCAGAGUCAUGCUUAAGCUAGCCUGGGUUUUACAAGAUGCCAAUAUGGAGCUCAAAGCUUAUGGGCACUUAGCAAAUGAGCACUUCCGUAUGGGAAAUCUUGAGAAAGCUAAGUACUAUCAUGUGAGAUUUACCAGAGGGCUUCUGGAGAGCGAUCAGAGCAGCAUGAAGAACUCUAUUCUUCAAUCAUAUAGGGAUAAGAUUGGGCCUGGAAAGAAGAAAGCUAAUUUGAAAAUCAAGACAAACAAUUUGAAAAAGCUGGAUGAACCAGAGAUUCUUCCUUCUCCUAGUAACAACAGACACCAAUGCGAUAAGAACAAGUCGAUUUUUGCAUUUUCAGGUCAUUAUUACUCAACAAAGGAUAAACUCAGAGAUUUCAAGUCUAAAAAUGAUGAAAAAGAGGAAGAAACUAUUGAAGAGGACGAAAAUGACCACUCAUGGCUUAAAGGAACGUAUAAGCUUCUCUUCGUAGAGGAUAAAUUCCUUUUAAAACGAAAAACUGUUGUGAAGCCAAAGCCUCAUUUUCUCAGUACUAAACCCAUGAAAGCCAUUGAAAGUAUUGAAAAAGUCAAAGAGAGGGCUAAUAGCUUAAUCCGAGUUAAGAGAGACAAGCCUCAUGCCACUCAUACAUUUAAAGAAAUGAUUAACAACGUAGGAAGUACUGCUAUCAAGAGGGAACAAAAGAACCCUCCUACUAUAAACUCUCAUUGAUCUAGUCUUAGAUCUAGGAUAAUGAAUCCUGAAGAGUCUAAGAUGAGAGAGCAUCUUGAGAAAAUCAAACGUAUUUUGAUCAAGGAAAAAUCUAAAUUAGAGGUAAUAGAAUAAAGCCAACCUUAACAGA